AUGGCGAAAAAACAACAGGAUGUCAAUGAAAAAAAUGAAUUAGAUAAUAAUAAUACUAAUAUUAUUCAAACAUUAUACGGAUCUAUAGUAGCUUCAACAAUAACUCGAAUUGUUUUAUAUCCGUUUGACACAAUUAAAGUUAAUAAACAAGUUUCUAUAAAUAAAAACAAUUUAAAUAGUGGAUGUAAUAUUUCUCAUCACUCUUCAUGUUCUAAAAAAUUAUUAUCAACAAAGCAAGGUCCCUUUCUUUUUUCUUUUAUAUCACAAUUUGGAUUUAAAGGAUUAUACACCGGAUUUAUCUUUUCAUCACUCACUACUAUCCCAGCAACGAGUUUUUAUUUCUGUUGCUACGAAUAUUUAAAGAGUUUAAAAUUUAAUAAAAAAAUAAAUGAAGAAAAAAAAAAUAAUUGGGAAAAUUCUAGAAUUUCAAAUUUUCUAAGUUAUUGUUUUUUAGCAAUUUGUUCAGAGGCAAUAUCUUGUACUAUAUUCGUUCCAAUAGACACUAUAAAAGAAAGAUUGCAAGCGCAAAAAUAUUUAGGAUUAAAGGAAUAUACAAACUCAUAUCAUUUAAUAAAACAUUUUAUUCAUAAAGAAGGGAUUCCAAGACUGUAUAGAGGAUACACAUCGACAUGCUUAACAUAUGGUCUUUUCUGUGGUUCUUUUUUUUUCUUACAAAAUACUGGAAAUGAUUUAAUGCAAACAUUGAAAAUAGAGACAUCCAAUUUUAACAAGUUUAGUCUAAAUUUGGUUUCCUCUUUCAUAUCUGGAAUAAUCACUUCCCCCUUGGAAAUAGUCAGAAUAAGAUUACAACUGCAAGAAAAGGACAAAACAUUCUUUUACUACAAAAACUCUUUUGAUGGAAUAAAAAGCUUAUGGAGAGAAGAACAAGGAGGAUUUUUUAAUUUGUUCAAAGGGAACCUAUAUCGAUGUUUUUUAGUUUGCUUAAGUAUGAGUAUGAAUGUGACACUUAUUGAUAUGUACAAAAACUUUGUAUCAAACAAAUAA